AUGGAUCCGUUGAGAGAUGAGAAAGGCCAUCUAAGUAUCUCAUAUGUGGGAUGGAGGCAAACUGCGGGUGCGGUUGGUGUGGCUUGGGAUAAGAUCAAAGAAUACGAUAUUUUGCCUGGAUAUGACACACUCAAUCUGACAUGGACUAUGGGUGAAUGUGUGGAGUCGACAGAUGCUGGAGCGGUGAUUGCAUGGGCUCAGUCGGGUGCAGAUGCAGUAUUGGGGCCAGCUUGUUCUGCUUCUGCUCUUAUAUCUGGAACCGUUGGCAAGUAUUUCAAUUUCCCGAUCAUGGUUUGGGCGCCUACAUUCUCUUCUGAUUUGCUGAAUGUUCGCGAAUAUCCGACAACAGUCUCAUCAACCUUUAGUUCUAUCAACCAAGCACAGACACUCCUGCAGCUGUUUGAACGUUAUCAAUGGAGUGAAGUAGCGCUCAUUUACUAUGUGGCUAGAAGUAGCCUAUUACCGCGCUGUUCUCUCGUAAUGAACGAUUUGGAGCUUCUCAUGAACGACUAUUUGAAUAUAACCAUCACGUAUCGUAGACAGUUGCUAAAUUACAAUAAUGACACUUUCAAGAAUGCUUUACAAGGACUGAAAAGUGUAUCAAGAGUGACGGUAUCUUGUUUUGAAUCGGAUGAUGCUCGUAGAAAUUAUAUGAUUGCUAUUGCUGAAUCUAAUAUGGACACAGACGAGUAUAUGUGGCUCAUGAUCGAAUCACGAAAGGCUGGAUUUGCAAACAUAUGGAAGGAUAAAUCAAGUAACCCCGAUGGAAAAGACACGUUGGCGCUAAGAGCCGCUCGAAAAUUCUUGAUAUUGGAUCUUGAACCCUUGAAUUCAACAGCACAGUUUGUUGCCGAUGUCAAAGCAAAGAUGAGGCAACCACCGUAUAACUGCGGCGAUUGCAAUGAUAUCGAUCCGACAGUAUCACAAGUGGGUGAACUUGCUGAUGCAAUGCUAUUAUAUGGCUUAGCUCUCAACAGAUCUCUGAAGUCUGGCAUUGCAAAGCCGACUGGCACUGACAUAGCGCGCUUUGCCGUGGGAACUUUUGAAGGGUUUACUGGAACUGUCAUCAUCAAUCGAAACCUAUCUCGUGACCCAGUUUUCUACGUAUGGGGUUUGAAUACUUCGGAUCAACAAAUGAUAAUGAUGAGGAUUACAGGAUCGCUUAACAUCAAUGAUAUUACGAUACAAGAGGUCCAGCCGAAAUCUGUGAUAUGGGCCAACCAUGGCGGUUCACCUCCACUGAAUAAGCCUCCUUGUGGGUUCGAUGGAAAGGCUUGCCCUCUAUCAUUCACUGAACAAUAUCUGGCGAUCACACUUGGAUCAGUUGCAGCUGGAGUGAUACUUAUCGGGAUAGUGGUAGGCGCUAUUGUAUACGUUAUGAGAGCGAAACGAUUAGAGGAAGAACGCUUGAACCUCCUGUGGCAGAUCCCUUUUGCGUCAUUGGCCAAACCCAACUCAAAGGCAGGAGCACAAAGCUCCCGAUCGCUGCAAAGUUCGAUGUCUACCAGUACGAAGUUGACCAUUGAUUCAAAGAGGGAUACUGUUGGGCAUAGCUUCUUCUUGCUUGGGAAUGACUCUGUUGUCGCGAGGAAGCAUAGAGUGCGGACACUUUUGUCGAAAUCUGACUGUGCUGACCUGAGAAAGCUGCGAAGCACCGACCACGACAAUCUUUGUCGAUUCAUCGGCCUAUGCAUGGACGCCCCAGAGCUUCUUUCUCUUUGGAGAUAUUGCUCGAGAGGGUCACUAAAGGAUGUGAUUGAGAAGGGAUCAUUGCAGAUGGAUUGGUUCUUCAAGUAUGCGCUUAUCAGAGAUAUCUGCGAGGCUGUUCAUUUCCUUCACCAUUCCUCAUUUGGAGCACAUGGGUGGUUGAGCUCUUGCACAUGCCUUGUAGAUGAAAGAUGGCAGGUAAAAGUUACCUACUACGGUUUGGACACUAUCAAAUCUUUGGAAGUCAAGGAGCAAAACAAGCUGUUAUGGACUGCACCUGAGCACAUACGUGAUCCAUUGAUGAAGGCUACAAAAGAAGGAGAUAUUUACAGUUUCGCUAUCAUUUGCUCGGAAAUAGUGACAAAGAAGUCGCCAUGGGAUUUGGAAAAUCAAGAAUAUGAUCUUGACGAACUGAUCUACAAAAUCAAAAGAGGUGGGCGAGCUCCAAUUCGGCCCUCAUUGGACACAGAUGAUGAGCACAAUGCAAGCAUGUCACUGCUGAUCCGCGACUGCUGGGCUGAAGAACCUGACCAAAGACCGUCUACUGACCAGAUCAAAUCUCUAAUCAAAGGAUUCAACCAUAACAAGUCGUCAAAUUUAAUGGAUCAUGUUUUCAACGUCUUGGAACAGUACGCUUCGAAUCUGGAAGAAGAGGUCCAAGCACGGAUGAAGGAACUGACGGAGGAAAAGAAGAAAAGUGACAUUCUUCUCUACAGAAUGCUACCCAAGCAAGUGGCAGAGAAGCUGAAACUUGGUCAGUCAGUAGAACCUGAGACAUUCGAUUGCGUGACGCUGUUCUUCUCAGAUGUAGUGUCCUUCACUACACUGGCCAGCAGAUGCACUCCGCUACAAGUUGUCAAUCUUCUGAAUGACUUGUACACCGUGUUUGAUGCUAUCAUUGACGAGCAUGAUGUCUACAAGGUUGAAACAAUUGGUGAUGGUUACCUAUGCGUAUCCGGCCUUCCGCACCGAAAUGGCAACGAGCACGCAAAAGAGAUUGCUGAAAUGUCCUUCAGUCUUCUCCGAGCUAUUCGCACAUUCCGAGUGCCCCAUUUGCCGGAUGAGAAAAUCAACAUUCGCGUUGGCUUGCACACAGGUUCUGUUGUGACUGGAGUAGUUGGUAUGACUAUGCCAAGAUACUGCUUGUUUGGUGACACUGUCAACACCGCCAGUCGAAUGGAAAGCAAUGGAAAACCUGGCCGUGUACACAUAUCCGCCGAUUGCAUGAGAUUCCUGACUGAGAAGAUUGGUGGAUACAAGACCGAGCUCAGGGGAGAAGUCAUUGUCAAAGGCAAAGGUGCUCUGGAGACUCACUGGCUACUAACACCCGAAGAGCAAGAGAAAGGACUUGUUGAGUAAAUGAUGUCCAAGAUUUGUAUGACUGAAUGGUUGCAAAUACUAACCGCAUGCCAUUCCGAAAAGAGGGAACUGUACAGAUCUGUAGCCGGCAAUCUACCUCAAAUCAUCCAAAAUAUCUCUAACCUUCCUUCCUUGUUUACCUCCAACAGAUUUCUAAUGUUUACGGAUGAAUCCCUAGGUUAGACUUUGACGAAUGUUAGAAUUUAUUUAUUUCUCAACGAAAUGUAC